AUGCUCAAGGUAAGAGAUGCGGCCAACUUUAUUUUGAUAUUGUAAUUCAAAUGUUUGACCACAGGAGGGCAGCAGAGGUCGUUUUCCUAAAAACUGAACUUAGAAAUAAAAUACGAAUACAAACUCUGUGUUGUGACACCUAAAAGUCUUACUAUCCAUGUAACCAUGAAAACCAAAUGUGUUGCAUAGAUUCAUGACAACAAUGUGAGAGCAUCCUGUUAAAUGCCAUGACAUACACCUGGCAUCUUUGCAGAGUUUGAUGGUGGCAAAAGCCAAAGAGGAAUUGGAACAGGAGAUCCUGGUGAAAGAGGAGGAGAAAGACAAGUAUCUGGCAGAAAGAGCUCCUCCUCUACAAACCAGCGGACUCAGUCUUGCACAGCUGCAGGUAACUCACUCACAAAAUUCCAUGAAUCUCCCUCAUUCUUCCAUUUACAGCUUCAUGAAAAAGCAAAUCGCCUCAAAGUGUUAAAGAAAUUCAAGCUCCUUUUUAUACACUUAUCCUACAUAAUGCACAAAAUACGUUUUAUGUGUGAUUCUGUACAGGAUCUCUGCAGAGAGCUCCAUGCCAAGAUAGAUGUAGUGGAUGAGGAGCGAUAUGAUAUCGAAGCCAAAGUCAUGCUAAACACACGUGAGGUAGAAACAAUCCCAGUUCAACUUCUUGUGCUUGAAAUUUAAAACAUCCUUAUUUAUAUAAACUAUGCUCCAGAACCCAUUUACAGUCCCUGUCCCUGUUUCAGAUAAAAGACCUGAAUAUCAAGGUGCUGGACCUCAGGGGGAAAUUCAAGAGGCCUAAUCUUCGACGCGUUCGUGUGUCUGCUGAUGCCAUCCUCCGAUCCCUGCUCGGCUCCAAGCACAAAGUCUCUAUGGAUCUCCGGGCCAACCUCAAAUCUGUCAAGAAAGAGGACACUGAGAAGGUGCGCCAAUAAGGGGAAAAAAAAAAAAAAACUCUAACUUAGCAAACAUUCACACACACAUAAAAUAACACAAUCAACCAACCUCAAUUAGCUGUGUACCUUUAGUAGGGCAGGUGUGCAUAGUAGUUUGCAUAAAGUUUCAGCCACAGAAUGAUGUAAGGGUUUACAGUGCCAUGGGACACCUGAGGAGUGUGUUCAUGUGUGUGUGUGAAGGGUGUGUUUGACACACUGAGCAGUUGGCCGGUACAGGGCAGCGACAGAGUGUGUGUGUAUAAGAGGAGGUACGGCACAUGAGACAAUGAUCCCAUUGUACACAGAAGAGAAGCUUUUGUAGCCGGUUCUGCUCACUGGUCAGUGUGUGUGAGUGUGUUUGUGUCUGAGCAGAUUAGCAGGUGCUGGUAAGUAUAUGUAUUUGUGCUCGCAAGGAUCCUUGCAUCUGGUGCUUGAAACCAGUUAUGCAAGUGCAGUUACACAGUAUUGUCACAGGGGAUUCCCAGGUGAAAACACAGGCCUUAAAGGCUCAGACAAUAAUGAUAAUAGGAUGUUUUUUCUAAGCUGCUCACAGUUCACAGUGGCUUUAAGAAAAUAACAAAGGAUGUCCUCACUUAUUCAUACCACGUCUUUUACUAUCUACUGUUUCCGUGCAGAAGAGGCCAGUGGAGGACAGUGAUUGGAGGAAGAACGUGGAGGCCAUGUCAGGAAUGGAGGGGAGGAAGAAGAUGUUCGAUGCUGCCAAAGGUCCCGCCCAGUGA